AUGGACAGUGUUUCAGCCAACAGCAUUGCGUUCACAGACCCUGUGGAAGCCUCCGAUGUGACAGUCACCUUGUUGAACCCAAGCAACCACACCAGCUCCAUUGGCAGAAUCAACUACACCUCUCCCACCAUCAGAGACUACAGAGGCACCAACUGUAACCACAACUCUUCCACCAACAGAGACUACAAAAACACCAUCUGUACCCACAACUCUUCCACCAACAGAGACGACAAAGACACAAUCUGUACCCACAACUCUUCCACCAACAGAGAUUACAAAGGCAUCAUCUGUACCCACAACUCUUCCACCAACAGAGACCACAAAAACACCAUCUGUACCCAGAACUCUUCCACCAUCAGAGACUACAGAGGCACCAUCUGUACCCACAACUCUUCCACCAACAGAGACUACACAGACACCAUCUGUACCCACAACUCUUCCACCAGUAGAGACUACAGCCGCACCAUCUGUACUCACAACUCUUCCACCAACAGAGACUACAAAGACACCAUCUGUACCCACAACUCUUCCACCAACAGAGACUACAGCAGCACCAUCUGUACCCACAACUCUUCCACCAGUAGAGACUACGGCAGCACCAUUUUUACCCACAACUCUUCCACCAACAGAGACUACAGAGGCACCAACUGUACCCACAACUCUUCCACCAACAGGGACUCCAGCAGUGCCAUAUGUACCCACAACUCUUCAACCAGUAGAGACUACAAAGGCACCAUCUAUACCCACAACUCUUCCACCAACAGAGACCACAAAGACACCAUCUGUACCCACAACUCUUCCACCAACAGAGACUACAGCCUCACCAUCUGUACCCACAACUCUUCCACCAAUAGAGACUACGAAGGCACCAUCUGUACCCACAACACUUCCAGCAACAGAGACUACAAAGGUACCAUCUGUACCCACAACUCUUCCACCAACAUAAACUACAGAGGCACCAUCUGUACCCACAACUCUUCCAUCACACCAACCACCACCUUCAACUGUUCAACCUGGACUCCCAGUUUGAGUCCUACAACUGUUGGCGUGACAACUGUGUCUGGACCCUUGACCGAGACUGUCACCACUGUCCAGUAUUCCUCUCCUACAGAGGCUGGUGUCACCUACACACCUGAACUGAGAAAUGUCACUGCAGUUAUCACUACAGCAUCUGUGCAAGAAUCAACUGCGGCCACGACAACAUCAGGUGUGUCUACAACUCCAGAAAGCCAGGAUGUCACCCAAGAAGAGGACUCGUGCUUCAAGAGGACCAUGAACCUGACAAUGGAGGUUGAAGGGUGCGUAUCUGAUGGUCCUGUUGAGCUAGCUUUCUGUGCAGGAUCAUGUGCCUCCAACACCACUGCAUCUUUCACCUACCCCUUCUUCGAAACCAACUGUCACUGCUGCAAACCAACCAAAGUGUCCAGGAGGACCGUUCAGCUUACCUGUGCCAAUAACGAAGUCCGCCAACACACCUACGUCAAGAUCGAGUCUUGCGGUUGCCAUGGUUGUGAGUAUGACGCAUACGCCGCCAGCGGAAUCACCCAGGUGAUGACGUCAAACGUGGCCAUCUAGUUCAUCUCUUUCGACGUGACAAAUAGCACCUGUAAAACAUUUCCGUGUAUGUUUGCAGAGAAUAAAAUAUUUUAGAUAUCAGGAUA